UUUCGUAAACCGCCUUCGCCGUACGUAAAUAUUGUGUUUAUAUCCAGUUGACUGCAGACCGUGUGAGAAACAAGUGACUGUCGGACGUCUUGGCCAGAAAGGACAUUUUGCGUGUCGAGUGCAAAGAAACAAGUGAAGAUCAUAACAGCAAGCCGCAUUAUCGUCAAAAUUAAACAAACACAAUGCAGAGGCACACAGCAAUCAUUUUGGUAUUAACGCUGAUUGCCCAAGCGUUAGGCGCUCCUCAGUCUAAGAAGAAAAUCGACGCACCCAGUACGAUCCGAAGUCCUGCAAACCUCUCCUUAAAAGAGCUAGAAUACAUUGUUGGAGUGAGAAGAGGAGAGCCUGUGCCACCUCCAAAGACGCUAACACCAUGUGCAAGAGCAAUUUUGGGAUGCUGUCAAAAGUCAGUCAUGAACGAAAGCUGUUCUGAAGCUUUGAACUGUGGAGCCUACUUCUUCGAUGCCAACCCGUGUAGUGAAAAAUAUGUAUUAGAUGCUCUAAACGCAGCCAGAACUUUUUAUGACCAGUUCAAUUUGAAUAAUGUUUAAGCAUAAUUUAGGAAUAUCGAAUUAAAUUAUUAACUUUUCACUUAACAAAAACUUCGGAUAGCUUGACUAUGUGACUACUGACUAUGUACCGGACAAACACAUUUCAAUUUCAAUAGAUGGAAGUUACAUUAUUUGUUAGAGAUAAACUUUUUUUGUUGGUAGAUGAACUAUGAUACUUGAGAGUUACUUAAAAGUAUUAAGAAAAACCUAGAUUGUUGAUCUCAACUUUUUAUGGUAUUCAACAUAAUUUAAGUGCUUAAAUAAUGAGACUCUUAACAUUAAGAUGACUGAAGCAAUGUGAUCAACUAAUGUGAAAUAACACGAUGUCUUUAGAGAAAUGUGUUUCUUUGUCUUAAGUAGUUUUGAAAAAAUGUUUCUCAUGUGCCUGACCUAAAAUACCUAGAAUAACCUUCUUUUAAGUUAAUUUGCCGCUAAUUCUAACUGGGUAAGUAGUUUUGUUUUUCAUUGAGACUUACCGUCACCAUUACUGUACGUAUGUUUAUUGCAAAAUAGUGCCUAAUUACAUAUACAAGUUAUAACAGUCUUUAACUAAGGCUGAGUUGCAUCAUCUAAGUUUAACGGUAACUAUGACGAUAACCGGUGCUUUUUGUAAGGAGUUUGACAGAUUUUUGACGUCUGUCAAAGUUAAAUUAUGAUGGUGCAACCCAGCCUGUGUUGUCUGUAAGACAAAGUGUUGCCAACACAAAGAAACAAACUUCAAGAGAUUAUUCACGCCUCAUGUAACCGACUUUAGCAAAGUUGAAGUUUUCCUUUACAAUUAUUUACACUAGAUUAGACGUCUGGUAUUA